GAUGGCCCAAUGGAAAAACGGAUGAGCUACGUAGCGUUUUUGAAUGUUUUGUUUUUUCCUACUUCCUGUCGUUGUUUUUUUCUUGUUUCCCCUUUUUCCUUCCAUAGCCGAGUUGACACGUCGAUGAUGGACCUGGAUGGGUUUGUGGUACCUGUCAAGCAAACAACAGCCGAUAGGUACAGGAACAAUCCUGCUGGUUUUGUCAUCGACGAGAAUACAAGUUGUCCUUGCUCUUGUCCUCCUCAAAAACUUACUACUCUUGCUUCGCCCUUGAUAUGCAUGAUUAUGUCGUACAUGUUUAUAUAA